CUGUGAUGUAUGCCUCGUAAAUUAGUACAGCUUAACUAGUUUGUCUUGAAUCUGAAUAUAUCAUUGAUUCACUUGGUUGUCAUAACGCAUACAUCGAUACAUCAAUUGCCUGCCCCAUGGCAUAUUCUCUUGUUCCUUUGCCUUUCUUCUACCUCUGAAAACUUCCAAUGAUCGAUGGAUCCUCUUUCAAUAGCAGCAAUCGGAUGGGGCCUAACCGCCACAGGGUGGUUCGUCUCCCCAUACAUCACCAAGCUUCUGGACAAAGCCUACGCCCACAUCAAACCAGGCAAAGCAAAGAAGAAGAUUCGGCACCUGGUGAAUCACACUGUCCCCCGGCUGAAGCUUAUUCUAGAAGCUGCAGAGGGCAGUGAACAUAAGGAACUCUUUGAAGAGUUGCUUGCGGAUCUCAGAUCUGCUUUUUACGCAACUGAAGACAUCCUGGACGAAGUUGAGUACUGUGUUCGUCAACACCAGAGUGGAAGAAAGCGUAAACUGGAUUCAUCUGCUGAAGAUGGUCCUUCAAGCAAGGUUCCAUUUCUUGCCACAUUUUACAAGGGCACAAGUAUUUCAUCAUGUUUGACUAUCCCGGGACCUUUAACUAGACUUCUGAAGGAAAAUGUGGCCAGGAUUGAAGAAAUCAUUGAGGAAGCACAUAAAACUAUCGUGUCAUUGAACCUGCAAAGCAACAGUGGAAGAGACAAAUAUAUACCAAAUGCUGCUGCAAAAAGUUUACAAGGAUCCACUCUUUCAGUUCCAACAGGAAAGGUAACCGGCAGAGAUGAGGCUCUUAAGGUGAUAACAGAUAUGCUUCAUUGGACAGAAGAUAAUACUUGUUUAUCUGUAAUUGGUAUUAUUGGCAUUCCAGGAUCUGGGAAGACCACGCUAGCACAGUAUGUGUGCAAGUCUGAGACAAAUGGUAGCCAUUUUGACCUUGUUAUGUGGAUUCAUGUUUCUGAGUAUUUUACCGUGCAGACCCUUUAUCGUGAGAUGUUUGAGCAAGCUUGGGAGAAGUUUGGGGAGAAGGAUAAGAAAUGCCCUCAAUAUGAUGGCCAUGAUAUGUUGAGGGCAGAACUGGAGAAGCUACUAGAGCGCAAAAGAUUCUUCUUGGUACUGGAUGAUAUCUGGUUCAACAAGGAACUAGCUAUUGAGGACAAGCUAGAACAAUUACUUAUUCCUUUAAAGGCUGGAAGUGAAGGAAGCAAGAUCCUCAUGACAAGUCGCCAAGAUUCGCUAUCACGCCUAGGUCCUAGUAUAAAAAGUACUAAGUAUCAAAUACCUGAUUUGGAUGAUGAUGUCUUCUUGAAACUAUUCAUGCAUUAUGCACUUGGUAAUAAGGUUGUACAUAAGGCAUAUCAAGGAAAGCUCCAAAAUAUUGGUGCUCAGAUUGCAGAAAAGCUGAAGAAAUCACCGCUACUAGCCAGAGUAGUGGGAGGAACUUUAUUUCAAAAACCAACAGUUGAGGUGAGAGAUUGGAUAAGUGUUCGUGAUCAGAAUCUCUUGGAUAAGCACAUGGGAGCUCUAUGGUGGAGCUACAAGCAUCUUGCUGAGCAGGUCAGACGAUGUUUUGCUUAUUGCAGUAUAUUCCCUAGAAGACAUCCCUUGCGCCGUGACGAGUUAAUUAACUUGUGGGUGGCAGAAGGGUUCAUUAAUACCACCGACGGAGGGCAGGACGCUGAGGAUGUCGGUCGGGGUUAUUUUGAUGAAUUGGUAUCGACUUCAUUUCUGCUUCCAGGAGGAGAGAACUAUUUUGGGGAAUACUUUGUAAUUCAUGACCUGCUGCAUGAUUUAGCAGUGAAGGUCGCUGGAAGUGAUUACUUGAAAAUUGAGAAUGAAUGGACAGGAAAUAUUUCUCCAGAUGUUCGCCACCUUUAUAUCCAGAGGUGCAAUGCAUCCAUGAUUACUGGGCAUAUCAUCAAACUGGAAAAGCUUCGCAGUCUUAUUGUUUAUGAGAUUGACUAUGACAUAAGCAAACAAGUCCUUGGGGAGAUGUUUAGCAAGUUGAGUAAGCUGCGGGUACUGAUCUUCACAGCAAGAAGUAGUCAUCAGUCUCAGUUAAUUUUCCCAGAAUCUAUUGGUUCUUUAAAGCAUCUGCGCUACCUUGGUAUUCGGAGGUUCGCUAACAACGUAACAAUGCCAAGCACAUUUUCCAAGCUUUACCUUAUGCAAGUGCUUGAUUUGGGUAAUGCGUGGAAAGUUGAUGCCUCCUUUGGUGAAAAUAUCAUUAAACUCCCUGACUUGCGGCAUGUAAUCAGUAGUUACGUUUGUUUUCCAAACAUUGGCAGACUGACAUCACUUCGCACAAUCCCAACCUUUGAUGUUGAAUUCGGUAUAGGGUAUGAGUUACACCAGCUCAAGCACCUCAACAAGCUUCAAGGCAAGCUGAUUAUUACCGGUCUUCAAUGUAUUCAAAGGAAGCAGGAAGCUAUUGAAGCCAAGCUAGCUGAUAAAGAACAACUCACAGAACUUGAACUGAGAUGGUAUGAGAAAGAUAUUUACAUAGAAGAAGUGCGACAAGAAGUAGCAACAGAUGUGUUUGAGAGUCUUUGCCCACCCGAGAAUAUUAUCAGGUUGCGGGUCCAUGGAUACACCAGUCCAAGGUAUCCGAAUUGGAUGAUGGGUACGCAGAAGAGCACAAUGCACCUGCACAAACUGGAGCUCGAUUCAUGCAUCCAACCUGUUUGUGGCCCUGGACUUUUUUUCAUUCCUGUUAGUUCUCUUGUGAUGAUGUCCUGCUACUGGGACAACUUACCCCACAACAUGGAUGGCGUCGAGUCGCUUCAGAUUAUGAACAGUCCGAUUUCAUCUAAUAUGCAGCACCUCACGUCCCUCAAGGGACUGAUCCUCCGAUAUGAAAAUGAUCCUUACUAUGUUACUCUUCCAACACUGCCCAAUUCUCUUGAGUACAUUGAAAUUAUUGGCUGGAACUGGAUAGCAAGUAACAAAAUUUGGGAGAAGAUUAAGGACGUUCCCAACAAGGUUAUUGAUGGUUUGACAGUUGAUGACGUUGAAGAUUUUCCGUGGACUGACGAUUCGUCGGACGAGGGCUCUGAGGCGACGGGAUCAUACGAAAGAGCUGGUGGCAGCAGUCUUCCGGAGGGUAGCAGUGGCGGUUCCUCAGCAGAGGAGGACAGCGGAGCGACGGACAUGGUCUGAGAGGCAAGGGUUGCAGCAUGCAGUCAGGCACGGUGAAAAUGAAACGAACCCAUUUGUUCCCUUUCGUUUGUAAUAACGCGGACCGAUCAACACUGGAUUUUGUUUGUUUUCUAUUCUAUGGUUUGUAACGUUAGGGAAUGAUGGACAUACAUGAGAUGGGAUUCAGCUGGUUCGAACCGGUAACCCCAGUCUUUCCUGUAUGAUUCAGUUAUCCGUUUGCUAUUUACUGUUGCAUUUUGCUGUA